AUGGCGACGCAGGCUGAAGGAGAGCCACGCUUAUUUCGAGCGGUACCAGGAUUUAUCAACAACCUCGAUCAAGGUCCUGAGGAAGUGGUAGUACCACGAAUGGUCCGACAGUGGCUCCGUUCUGUGGCGGACCGUAGCAGGAGUCCUCUAUGGAAGCUGCCAGUUAUGAGCGGCGGAGCUGGACCUGGCCUAACAGUAAGGGACGAUGUCACUGGAGAAGUGUACCUGAAGCCAGGUCGGGAGUCUGCGUUACGGCAAGAGACCCACGGCGAGCUGAUGCAGGAGUUCUACGCUGCUGUCGAGCCUCUUCUGGUCUCGCAGGACGAGCUUCCCCCGGAUCCAUUCGCUAUCAAAACGCCCAUUUCGGCAAAUGCAUCCGGCAAUUCCGCCAAGGUGGUCCUCCAGGAGGAACAGACAUUACCUCAAGCUCUGUCAUCUGGUCGCAAAGAUGUGGAAGAAGCUCAAAAUUGGUUGGAAUUCGGACUGCCGAAGACAUACAGACAAAAUCGUCAACGUUAUCUUCUUACGUACCGGGAGGAUCCCUACGUUUAUGAUGCUCCUGACGUGCAAAGUCCGGAUGAUGCCUUCGAUAGGCGGUUCUUAGCCAGAAUAAGGGACGCCAAUGACCGGAUCCGAGCAAGCGAGACACGAUCUCGUGAACUUCAGAAUGAGGCCCUUGCAAAGAAAGCUGCAGACGCAGAGGAGAGGGACUUGUUCGGCAUCUUAGACCACGCCAAUGAUGGCUUUACAGAGUCUAUGGGAUCCGAACAACGCGGCUUUGACGGCACUAUUGCUGCAGAGAAGUGGCCAAAUGUUCACAAGUGGCUUCAAAGCGUAGACCCAAUGAGAUCUCCCGCAGUCAAGGUCGAGCCACCAGCUGAGGUGGUAGAUAUAGUCACCAGUGCAUCCGUGAGGAGCGCCUUGUCCUGCGUAGAGCCUGAACCUGCGCGACGAGAUGUUAUUCAGCGAUUGGAAGCAGAAAGAUUGGUGACUAGGGCUGAAGAGCAAGAGCGAUGGCUUGAACACUAUCGGGUACUAGGAGUGCCCCCACCACGGAGCAUAUACUAG